AUGGUGCAAAUAUAUACUGUCCUUGGUGCUCUCCUCGCUGCAGGGGCUGCCUCCGUACUUGCUCUCCCUGUUUCUGUUUCAGAGGUCGGAAUAGUUACAGAUGUUCCUUCUCUUCUCCAACCUGGUUUUCUGAAAUCGCAAGAGAGACAACUCAGAGAGAGACAAUUCGGAGUCAACGAGGGAAAGGUCUGGGGGACGGUGGAUCUAGCUGUAAUCGAGCCCUUGGAGAAGAGGUUGAUUGAACUUUCCAAAGAACCGACUAAAGAUGCUUCCUACAAGCAACUUUUGAAAUCCCUGAUCUCGAAUCUGCAAUCGAGUCAGCUCCUUAAGGAUAGGCUUACCACUUUCUCGCAAUCACGGAACCCGUCGACCUUGGUCAAGCAUGCCUUGGCGAUACUUAUUACUCAGCUACGUCCCGCCUUUCAGAAACAACAACCAAAUAGUUCCGAUCACAUACUUCAAAAAAUUUCUACAUUAUCCGAUUUCUACCAGAUGAAGAUCCUUUCCAAAUGGGCCGGCUCAUCAAAUGAUGUCAAGAAACAGGAUGUCAGUAAACAGGACGAGGAAUUGAAUGCCCACAUCGAUGAGAUGGUCGAAGCCAAGGAUGCUACUAGCAGAUAUUGGGCGCAAGUAAACUUCAAUAAAUGGUUCCAGGCCUGGCUUGAUCUAUCCCAAGGUGAACGAGGCAUCUCUGGUGGAAAUGCGAAGGGAGGUACUUCCGAGAAAGUCUCAAAAGCGAAGCGAAGUUCUGCUUUGAAGGAUAUUCCUGUCGAUCAACACCGCCGUCUUGUAUCAAUGUAUCGAUUCUAUAAGGAAGGAGCAUCGGAUGGAGGCUCGAGCGGACUACGGAUCUAG